AAUCCAUUCACGACUAAAAGCACUGGAGAAGGCUGUCACUCAUUGCAGGUAACCUCUCAUUUCACUGCUCUGUUCAUGUGCUCGAUUCUUGUUGUUGUUGAAGAAGAAGGUGAGUGAAUUUCAUUAUAGAACAGGCUUCUGACUUACAACAUCGUUGCAGAAUUACAGAUAGAAGGAUAGUUAUCAUAAUCUAGCCGGAACAAUACCCAAACGACGUGGCCAUAUGAGCGCGUCGUCAAGUCCCAUUCUGCCAUAGAAAUGCAAUCACUUUGGACCUGAAAUGGAUUUUCCAUCAAGUUUGUGGUGCAACUCGGCAAGGCUGGCACAAUAGCGAGCCCCACUCCACUCUGCAGCCUCUCAAGUCCCCACCACAAAAUAUCCACCAAGUCCACGGGCACAAGUCUUCCUCAAUUACAAGGAGUAAUUUCUUCUUCUUCUUCUUCUUCUAUCUCUUUUGUACGCCACAUGCUGCUUAUCUAUCCACCAAACAAUUCUUUAGACCUUUCCUCCCUCCCUCCUUUCCCAGCUAGCUUCCAUCUAGAUCAUCGAUUUUUCCCCUCAUAACUGAGAUUGCUUGGUACUGUUGAUUAGCUUCCCAUCAUCAUGGCUGAAGCCAUUGUUUCCGAAGUCCUGGUCCAGCUGGGUUCAGUCCUCACGGGAGAGCUCAAUCAACAUGUGAGGCUUGUCCGAGACGCAGAGAAAGAUGUCGAGAAGCUCACUUCUACUUUCACCGCCAUUGAAAGACUGCUGCUGGAUGCAGAAGAGAGGCAGCUGAAGGACGAAGGCAUCCGAGGCUGGUUGAAGAAGAUCAAGGACGUCUCCUACGAGAUCGAUGAUGUGCUGGACGAGUGGAGAACCAAGAUCCUCAAGCGUCAACUCAAGGCAGACGGCAGAGAUCAGUUGAAGCUGUUUCGGAUCUUCGGUGUUCUAAAACGAGUAUGCUCUUUUCUUCCUACUUACUGUUGCUCUGCGGGUAAAAUUUGUCUUCGUUAUGAUAUCGCCUCAAAGAUAAAAAGUUUGAAUGAGCGUCUGGAUGAUAUAGAUAAGGAGAAAAAUAGGUACAAUUUUACUCCCAGGGAGAAGUCUUCAUACACAAGUUUGCAGACCAGUCCCAAUAUCAAUUUGUCCGAGGUGAAAGGCAGAGAAGAAGAGUUAAGAAUAUUGAAGGACAAGUUAUUGGAUGAUGAAAGUGUCAAAAGCAUAUCUAUCCAAGGUCCCGGUGGGUUUGGGAAGACCACAUUGGCCAAAAUGAUAUACAAUGAUAAGGCAGUGGAAGCUUAUUUCGACAAAAGGAUAUGGGUCUGUGUGUCCAAUCAUUUUGAUCAAGCAACUGUUGCUAAAUCCAUACUCGAGUGUUUCAAUCAAUCUACUUCAGAGAGUAGUUCACUAUCGCACAUGUUGGAACGUAUUAACGCACAUACGAUGGACAAGAAAUUUCUUCUAGUUCUUGAUGAUGUUUGGGAAGAUAGUCGGAGCCAAUGGGGAGAACUAAUAACUUCUGUUUCUCACGGAUUACCUGGAAGCAAGAUCUUGGUGACUACAAGAAAGGAGGAGGUUUCCCGGGUUUUUAGCUGUAUGGACGAUAAUAUUUUGCCUUUACAAAAGAUAUCUGAUGGUGAAUGUCGGACUAUUUUCACACAAAUUGCAUUUUAUGGAUGGAGCGAUGAGGAGAGGGAACGUGUAGAAGAACUAUGUGAAAAAGCAGUAAAAAAGUGUUCUGGUUCACCGCUUGCGGCAAAAGUUUUGGGAGGGGUACUACAUGUGAAAAAAUCUAAAAGGGAUUGGAAGCAACUUCUGGGAAGUGAAAUGUGGCGGAUAGAGAAAGGAAGAGACGAAGUUAUUGCUCCUCUAGCUUUGAGUUACUAUGAUUUGCCUCCGACGCUUAGACAGUGCUUUCAGUUUUGUUCUGUAUUUCCGCAGGAUUAUAUAAUGGAGAAGGACGAAUUGAUUAAGUUGUGGAUGUCACAGGGUUUUCUAAAAGCAACAACGAACCAAGAUAUGGAGGAAGUCGGUGAAGAGUACUUUCAAAUGUUAGUUAUGCGAUCAUUCUUCCAAGAUUUGGAAAAGGAGCUGUAUUUGAAUAAGGAAAAAUUAUAUUGCAAAAUGCAUGAUUUGGUUCAUGAUUUUGCGCGGCUUACAACCAAGAACGAGUGCAUCAGCAUCGAAAAGCAAGAUGCAAAUAGCUCAUUACCCUUGAUCGACAAUGAAGUUCGUCAUUUUAUGGUAAAAGACCUGAGUAGCGAGGAAGUUACAAAACUGAUAGGAUCCAUCGGAUGUUCGCACCUCUCUUUAACAAGGCGUAAUAAUUAUCUACGGAGCUUCAUAGCAAGAUGGUGUGGAGGUGGCAUCGAACCUGAUGCAUAUGCUCAUCUGCGAGGCAUAAGGUCGUUGGUACUCUAUCAGCAACGUGGUCUGGAAGAAAUACCAUCAACAAUCAUGCAGCUAAUUCAUUUGAGACAUUUGGAUUUAUCUUUUAACAGAUACUUGAAGGAGUUGCCGGAGGAAAUAUGCGAGUUGUAUAAUCUAGAGACUCUGCUCCUCAAUGAAAAUUUGAGCUUGAAGAUGCUCCCUAGUGGAAUGGGGAAUAAGCUGGUGAACUUAAAGCAUCUCGAAAAUAGCAGCGUCCCAGCGGUGCUCCCCAGAUCAAUGGUCAGGUUGGCUAAUUCCCUAAAGACAUUAACCCUAUUUAAUGUAGUGAAGCUGCAGGAUAAGGAGGUAGCUACCAAUAUUGGUGAUCUAGAGUGCAUGAACCAUAUCCAGGGAUCCCUUACAAUAAGCGGGUUAAGUAAGGUAGCGAAUUGCGAGGAGGUGAAGCGUGCACAGCUCGCCAAAAAAGAAUCUUUGACUUGGUUAAUGCUGGAUUUCGACGGGGGAGACUACUAUGUCUAUGAGGAAGAACAAGUGUUGGAAGCCAUAAGGCCAUCAUCAAGCUUGGAAAGACUAUACAUAGGAGAGUACAGGGGAGUGAGCAUAUUCCCUAGCUGGUUACUGUCACUCUCCAACUUAACAUCCCUAGAAUUCAAUGGGUGCUAUCAAGUGGAGCAUCUUCCCCCUUUGGGCGUCCUGCCCUCCCUCGAAGAGCUUCGCUUGUUUGACAUGAAGAAAGUGGAGAAGGUUGGGGUUGAGUUCUUGUGGGAGACUAGUACUGUGAUACAGCAGCAGCUGCAGAAGAAGAAGAUGGGUAACAACAACAAAGGCCGUGAUAUUAUUAUUACUGCAUUCCCCAAGCUCACGUGGCUUUCUUUUUGGGGGAUGACUAAUUGGGAAGUGUGGGAUCUAGAGAGCGAUGAUCGGGAAGCUGGGGGAAUGAUCAGCUCGACGACGACGGUGAUGCCCCGGCUGCGUUACUUGGAGUUGUACGGGUGCAAUAAGCUUCAAAAGGUGCCGGAUGUGCUUCUCCGGAAAACCACUCUGGAGCGGCUGGUAAUAGACUACAGUGGCGGGCUGGGGAAUUACAGGUUCGAACCCAAGAAUCCCAAAAUGGUGCCGGAUGAGGUGUGGGACAAAAUCUCUCACAUCCCCACCAUUCGCCUCCAAGGAGAGGACAUCCGAACAAGAUUCAAGAGCGAGAUAGAUGCCAUGUCGGGAAUCGGCUGCUCUAAUAGCAAACCGAAGGAGGAAGAAACAGGACAUCAUGAUGAUGACGACGACGACCAUCAUGAUGAAGAAAUACGUUCAGAGUGAGCAGAGCAAGAGCAAGUGAGCAACGCACUCAUUCGUUCUUCCGGCCAAUCACCUCCCCUCGGUCGGUCGAACCAAUCAUCCGCCCAUCUCCGCUAGCAGCUGCCACCCGCACCCGGCUGUCGUUCAGUUAUCUUUUUACAGCACAACUUAAUUUCAGAUUGAUGCUUCAAGUAUUGUGAUGACAUUUGCUUGAACUGUUUUAAGACAACAAUAAGAGUGUGCAAACAGAACCUCUGCCUUGAUUGUUUUGCGAGGAUGUCUGUGUGCUGCUUGUUUGUUUUGUGUCAUUGUGCUCUUGGGAGAGUUACCAGAGCUGGAGUUGGCAAACAGAACCUCUGUCUCUGGACUGGAGGAAGUCUAUCUGCUGUAUGCGAGUUUGUUUGGUUUGUUUUGUGUCGACGUUGUGCUUUGGGGAGAUUGGAGAGUUACUACAGCUACUCAUCUAGUGGCAUAACAAAUUCUCUCAUUUCUUCGUCGGUAGUAUUCUACCGUAUGUAUCGUUGUUAAGCGUCUUGUUAAUUUCUCUUUUCUAUUUGUUUUUUUGCCUUCUUGGCUUAUGUUGGUAAGAACAGAAGAAAACAGAGCCUUUGUGCCUGUAGUAUUAUUAUCAAUAGAUUGAUCAAUGUAAGCCUGCGUGCAUGUUUUUGAGACACAGGAGUCAUCAUCGGCUGAAUUUUGGUAGCAACAGCAGCUAUAAAUGUAUUUGGUUCGGUGAAUUUGUGAAACGUAUGCUAUUUGUUUCAAUAGCGUGUUAUUAGGCAUCAGGAGCAGGGAUCAACCUGACACGGCUGCAUCGAAGAGUGUACUUGUUUGCUGGAGCCAUGGUACCACCCUGCAGAUGGAGGAACAGGCGAUGGACGACGGACCGCGAGUUCGUCGGAUCGGGCAGAGAAAGGAGGUGAUGAGGCUGAUUGCUAGGAAUGGCAUUGAAGAGUGAGCAUGGAUGAUAUCAAGAGGCGUAUGUCGUUGUGAAAAAUCAGUUCUGGAAGUGGAAUGUAGGCAAGUAGCAGCAGAGCAGGAUGGUUAGCACAAAUUGCAUUUUAUAGAUGGAGCGAUGAGGAUAGAGAACGUGUUGAAUAUCUUUGCGAGAGAGUGGUAGAAAAGUGUUCCGGUUCACCGCUCGCUGCAAAAGUUUUGGGAGGGGUACUACAUGUGAAAAGAUCUAAAAGGGAAUGGAUUCAGCUUCUGGGAAGUGAAAUGUGGGAGAUGAAAGAAGGAAGAGAAGGAGUUCUUGCUCCUAUAGCUUUGAGUUACUAUGAUUUGCCUCCGGUGCUUAGGCAGUGCUUUCAGUUUAGUUCAGUAUUUCCGAAGGAUUACCAAUUGGAGAAGGACGAAUUGAUUAAGUUGUGGAUGUCACAGGGUUUUCUCGAGGCAACAACGAACCAAGAUAUGGAGGAGGUCGGUGAAGAGUACUUUCAAAUGUUAGUUAUGCGGUCUUUCUUCCAAGAUGUGGCAAAGGAGGAGCAGUUGGGUGAGAAAAAAACACCGCGAAUUGUCUGAUGAUGUCGAACAAAAGAUUAAACUUGCUGUACAAGGCUUCAUCGACACUGUCAGUUUAAAACACAACUACUCAGCUGUGCGACCCAGAUCUUCAAUCACUCUUUACACCAUGGAAGGUAAGCAGUCAAAAGAAAAAGUUGACCACUUUUUGUCCAUUUUGCCACAAUUAACUUGACACACAUUCACCCAUUCGCUGAUGUAUUAAUUAUAUAAGAAAAUGGUUAGAUUAGAUCCAUGGGCUCAACUUGCAGCGUUAUUUAGGGUCCACUUCAUGUUCACGAUACCAAAGAGAGUUGACCCUGCUAAUUGUGCAGCAUCACACAGUUUGAUCGUGAUGACAUGUUGACAAAUUCAUCGGAAUUAACGCUGAUAUAAUAUGAUUAAUUAUUCACUCAAUUACAAUAAGUUGACUGACGAGUCGAGAUCUGAUGAAUGAAAACGGCUCUUUUAC